CAUCACUUCCUCAGUCAUGCCAAAGCACGAGUUCUCCGUGGACAUGACCUGUGAAGGCUGCUCUAAUGCAGUCACUCAGGUUCUCAGUGAGCUGGGAGGAGUUCAGUUUGACAUUGACCUGCCCAACAAGAAGGUCUGCAUCAACUCUGAGCACAGCGUGGACACUCUGCUGGAGACCCUGGGGAAAACAGGAAAGGCUGUUUCCUCCCCUGGCUCCAAGUAGUGAGGGCCUGGGCCUCCAGCCUGCAGGAUGGACCAACGUAGACACAACUCUGAUCCUCUCCUGCC